ACAGGCUUGUCUGUUUUGAAAAAAACAAAACCUCCUUGCUCUGUCAGUUAGUCCAGGAUUAGAUAGCUAAUACGAUGAGCUGAAGUUAUCCUUGGUGACAAUACCGUGCUGGAAUAAGCUCUCUGGCUAGGUGGAAUAACCAACGUUAUGCGUUUACAUUAUUAUGAGUAACGACGUUGCUAACAGGAGAAUCUCUUCAGCUCAACUGAUUCAGGCCAGUCUGUCUGUGUGGGGAUGGGGGGGUCUAGGAGUGGUGCUGUUCCUCAUCACUUUUGGACCCUUCGCUAUCUUCUACCUGGCCUUCUAUAUCUGCUGCGUUGUAGGCGGUGGUUUUGCGGUCACUCUGUUGUUUGGGAAGACCAACUCAGAGAGACAUCUUGAGAAGUGUGAACACUCCUACCUGCCAGCCACGCAAACGGGUAUACUGAAGACGUUGGAUGAGAUGAGGUUGGAGCAGAAGCCUAUAAAGAUAGACAGGAGACUGACUGGCUCCAACUACAUAGACGAGCCUCUGCAACAGGUCAUCCAGUUUGCAUUGAGAGAUUAUAUUCAGUAUUGGUAUUACACUCUGAGUGAGGAUGAGUCUUUCCUGCUGGAAAUCAGACAGACUGUCCAGAACGCUUUGGUCCAGUUCUCUACACGGUCUAAAGAGGUGGACUGGCAGCCUUAUUUCACCACCAGACUGGUGGAUGACUUCGCUACUCACCUCCGAGUCUUCAGAAAGGCCCAGGACAGACUGGAGCGCAGGGAUGACAAUAAACAGAGGGACUUGUCGGAGGAGAUGGUGGAGUCAUUUUUUGAGGCGGAGGUAGAGAUGGAGAGGAGCGUCUGCAGAGAUGUGGUCUGCACCUCCCUGAAGGAUGAAGAAGGGUUCCUGAGGGACUUGUGUGAGGUGCUGCUCUACCUUUUACUACCUCCUGGAGACUUCCACAACAAGAACAUGAGAUACUUCCUCAGGGAGAUUCUGGCGCGAGGCGUUCUCCUUCCUCUGGUCAACCAGCUGAGUGAUCCUGAUUACAUCAACCAGUUUGUUAUCUGGAUGAUCCGGGACUCUAGCUGUAACUACGAGGCGUUUAUGAACAUCUUGAAGCUGACAGACAAAGUGUCUGAGCUGGAGGCUGUUAAAGACAAGGCCCUGGAGGAACUACAGUACCUACGAUCACUGGACACCGCAGGAGAUGAUAUCAAUGUUAUAAAGAAUCAGAUCAACAGUCUGUUGUUUGUGAAGAAGGUCUGUGAGACCAGGAUACAGAGGCUACAGUCAGGGAAGGAAGUGGAUACUCUGAAACUAGCAGCUAAUUUGGGCAAGCUGUGCAUCAUCCCACUGGAACACGUCCUUGUUCACAACAUCGCCUUGCAAUUCUUUAUGGACUACAUGCAGGCGGCUGGGGCCCAGGCAGAGCUGUUCUUCUGGCUGACAGUGGAGGGCUACAGAGUAACAGCCCAGCAACAACUAGAGGUGAUGGUGGGAUGGCAGAAGGAUGGAAAGAAGGGUUCCACUCAAGGACUGCUGAAGGCUGCAGCAUUAGGGGUCUAUGAACAGUACCUGUCUGAUAAGGCGUCCCCCAGGGUGCAAGUAGAUGAGGUGUCUGUAGUCAAACUAAAAGAGAAGCUACAGAAGGAAGGAGACCCCACGCCAGAGAUAUUUGACGAGAUCCAGAGAAAAGUGUAUGACAUGAUGCUUCGUGAUGAGAGGUACUACCCGUCGUUCAGACAGAGUCCCCUCUACAUUAGGAUGUUAGCUGAACUGGACAUGCUCAAAGAACCGUCUUAUAGAGGAUCAGAUGACGGAGAUGGAGAAUCGUUCAACGGUUCUCCAACAGGAAGCAUUAAUCUAUCUCUGGAUGACCUUUCGAAUUCCUGCCAUGACGACAAUAUACAGCUACACGCCUUCAUCUCUGACACAGAUAUGUGUGGGUACAACAGUAGUGGCCUUAAAAACAUUACCCUGUCAAAAUGCCUUGAUGCUGUAAGAAGCGUAGAUGCAGUGUUGUCUCCUAACACUACAAGACAGCAGUCCAGGGUGUGUAAUGACCACGGCAAGACCUACGCCCUCUACGCCAUCACCGUGUGCCGCCGUAACCACGACGGCAGCGAGGACUCCUGGAAAACCUACCGCCGCUACUCCGACUUCCACGACUUCCAUAUGAGGAUCACGGAGCAGGUAAAGUUUGAGAACUUGAUGUCGAUCCUGAAGCUGCCAGGGAAGAAGACGUUCAACAACAUGGACAGAGACUUCCUGGAGAAGAGGAAAAAAGAUCUCAACGCAUACCUACAGCUGCUGCUGAAUCCAGAGAUGAUGAAGGCCUGUCCUACUCUGGUUCACUAUGUCUAUGAUUUCCUGGAGAAUAAGCAAUACAGCAAGGGCAAGGGAGACUUCGCACGCAAGAUGGAUACGUUUGUGAACCCGCUGCGUAGCUCGAUGCGUAACGUGUCCAACGCAGUGAAGAGACUGCCAGAUAGUCUGGCUGAAGGGAUGAAUACUGCUGCUGACAACAUGGGACGCAUGUCAGAGAAACUGGGCCAGGACAUCAAACAGUCCAUGUUCAAGGUGCCUCCACUGCUCCCCAAGUCUGACGUUGACCCAGAGCACUGCCGAGUCUCAGCCCAGCUGGACGACAAUGUGGAUGAUAACAUCCCCCUGCGUGUGAUGCUGCUGCUGAUGGAUGAGGUGUUUGACCUGAAGGAGAGGAACCAGUGGCUUCGCAGGAACAUCAAGAACCUUCUGCAGCAACUCAUCAGAGCCACAUACGGAGACACUAUCAACAGGAAGAUCGUUGAUCAUGUGGACUUCAUGACAGCUCCAGAACAGGUGGCAGACUACGUCAAGAAGUUCAGGGAUUCAUACUGGCCCAACGGAAUCCUAGCAGAGUCUCCGCCCCGCCGGGACAAGAACAUCCGCAUGAGGACACGGGUCGCCGCCAAGACCAACCUAUUGGGAAUCAUGCCAGAUGAGUUGAAGCACAUCAUAGGGGCGGAUACGACUCGUAAAGGCAUCCUUCGUGUGUUUGACAUGUUCCAACACGGACCAAUGAAUCGUCGGCUGGUCUACGUGCUCCUAGAAGGAUUCCUGGAGACCAUGUUCCCUCAGUACAAGUUCCCAGAGCUGUUUGUCAAACUGCAUUCCCGUUCGCCGCGCACAGCCAGAUAUACACAGAAACUCAAGAGCACCUCCCUGAAGAGGUGACAGGAGACUGGGAUUGGGCAGGGUACUUGGUGACACACACUCGCUCACACGCCGUGAGAGAACAGAGGAAGGAGGGGAGUAGUGGGGAGGGUGUGUAUGUGUGCUGGUGAGAAGAGGUGUGCGUGUCCUUCUUUCUAUGUCAAGAGGUGCUUUUUGGGCCAUCCGAGCACUUAACUCUUCCCUCCUCUCCCCUACAUGCCUAUCACACUCUCCUCUACUCACUCACACACACCCUCUUGUGCACAGUUUAGAGACCGCAUUUGUGUUUUAUUUUAUUUUUGUACUUUUUACUUCCUACUAAACUAUUUUAUUGUAGAUGUGUGGUCAGACUGACAGCUGCUCUGAUAUACACAGCAGCUGAUCUCCGUUACUGAUACCAGAGAGCAGAGCUAUGUAAAGAGAAAUUCAUGGGUCGUUCCAUGUAAUGAGCCCCUUUUGGGUAGUGUUUCCCAAACUCGGUCCUGGGUUCACAAUGAGUUUUUUUGCCCUAGCACUACACAGCUGAUUUCAAGUAAUCAAAGCUUGAUGAUGAGUUUAUUAAUCAUCUUUGUAGUGCUAGGGCAAAAACCAAAACAUGCAACCCUUAAGGUCCCGAGGACCACGUUUGGGAAACGCUGGGUUAGAGUAAUUUGGUGGGAAAGAAAUGUAGAUUUAAUGAAGAGCAUAUUUUCAACCUAAUAAAAAGCGUAGUUUCCCAUCUCAAGAGGUUAAAGAAAAGAAUAACUGGGCGGCAGGUAUCCUAGCAGUUAGGAGCAUUGGGCAAGUAACCGAAAGGUCACUGGUUGGAAUCCCCGAGCCGACUCGGUGAAAAAUCUGUCGGUGCCUUUGAGGGAAAUUAACCAUCAUUGUUCCUGUAAGUCGCUCUGGAUAAGGGUGUCUGCUAAAUGACUAAAAUGAAGAAACAAAGAUGCUAAAUGGAAGUGCCAGAUAAAGUAACAGGGUUGACCGUAACAGGGUUGACCGUAACAGGGUUGACCGUAACAGGGUUGACCGUAACAGGGUUGACCGUAACAGGGUUGACGAUUUAACCUUCAAUCAGCCAUAAAUCCCUUCUGACCGGGGGAAUGCAAGGCUCUUGUGUGCAACAGGGAGGGGCAAUUGAAUGCUAGCUUCACAAAAAACAAUUAAUUGUUAAAACAUUUUUAGCCUUUCUAUCUAUGGGUAACAGGGUUGACGUGUUAUGCUCAACCCACCACAAAACAAAACAAAAUGGCAAAAAAGCGUAUAACCAGCUCAUCUGCUUUUACAUUAUAAUUUUACUGUUAAAUGUUCAAUUUUUCACUUGAAUUUAAAAAAAAGAAUAGGAUAGUUCAUUUAACAGGGUUUACCUGAAUGAAUCACAUUAAUUAAAUACUCUUCACAAAUUACAUUGUCAAAGCAACAAUAUAACUUAGGCUUCACAGUGAUGGUGAAAACAUGGAGACAUUUUUGGGUUAACAUCUUCCUAGAAGUCACAGAGAGUGCACGGAGGGACAUGGCAGAAUUGUGGCACUUUAGCAAGUCUAUUCAUAUUCAAAAUCAAAUGUAUUGAAUUGUCCAUGUGGUCACUUCACUUAAUAUAACAGGCUUUUAAAGAUGCACUAUGCAGAAAUUGAUCUGCCAUUUCCUGGUUGCGCAAAUUCUAAUAGUUUGCCUAAUUUCAGUUUGUGACGAAAUAGGCAAGUACAGGGAAGAGAAUCAUUGUACUAUGUAAACCGCCGUGAAAUAGCUUUUCGAUAACCCAAAAUAUUGUAUUUUCAGCUGUUUGACGCUGGUGUACAAAAAAAAACAAAUGUAAAAGUUGCUAAAUGAAACUUAAGACUGUGAAGCAUAGAAAUAACCUACAUAGAACAUAUAUACGGCUUCUAAGACUUGCUUUCAAUGAGUGACAGAUCUAUAACUCAUAUUUCUGUGUGAAUUUGGUUGGGGUCGCCCAAAAAGUAAGAUAUUGCACCUUUAAAAAUCAAUAUUGCCGCACAAUUUCUACUAAAAAUAUCAAAGGGAUGCAAAAGGGACUCAUUUCGUAGAACGACCCACAUAGGUUGAAUGGCAUAUGUUGUGUAUGUACUGUACCUGUACAUAGAAAUAGAAUGAAUAGAUUCUUUUUCUACGGGUGUAUAUAUAUAUAUAUGUAUGUAUAUAUGUAUGUAUAUGUAUAUAUGUA